GGUGUAAAUAGGCAUAAUGAAAUCAUUGCCGAUCCAAGAGAUAUUGGAAAUUGAAUUCAGGACUGCCUCCGUUCUCAAAAUCUUGCAAUUUGAAGGUCGAUGCUCCUCUCGUGUCUCAUUGUCUCCACGAGAUUCUCCGCAGUUUAUAAAUUCAAGUCAUCACAAAUGAAAAAAGCUUGAUCAAAAUUCUACAUUUCAUUAUAUCCAGUUGAUUUGCGAUUGAUUAGACAGUCUUACCAGUACACAUAUCAAAAUAAUCUUUAGGUUUUACGUUGGAAUAUGCUGAGCUCUGAGACUUUGUUAGAUUCGGAUGCAGAGGACGAUAUUGAGUUAAAUACAGUGGUUGCAUUUGCAGCGCGUCAUUUAGUGGAGGAGAUAGAAGGGCAGGUGUUGUAUCAAGAAAAAUACCACAAGGAAAAGAUUAAAACAUUAACGGUUGCACUUGUUAUAUGCCUAAACAUCGAUAUUGACCCACCUGAUGUGCAGAAAAUCCCACCAUUUUCCAGGGUUGAAGCGUGGUUCGACCCGACAGAUGCUAACAGUCUGCAUGCUUUGGAAACCAUUGGAAAAAAUUUACAGUCUCAGUACGAACGGUGGCAACCACGUGCAAGAUACAAGCAGUGCCUUGAUCCUACUCUGGAUGAUGUGAAGAAAUUAUGUCUCAGUUUGAGACGUAACGCCAAAGAUGAUAGGAUUUUGUUUCACUAUAAUGGACAUGGAGUCCCAAGACCCACUGAGAAUGGUGAAAUAUGGGUUUUUAACACUAAAUUUACAAAAUACAUCCCAUUAUCAUUGUAUGAUCUCCAGAGAUGGUUAGGUGCACCUGCAGUUUAUGUGCUUGAUUGUCAAAAUGCUGGCAGAAUUAUACAAAUGUAUGAGGUGUUUUGUGAACGACGCAAAGCCGAGGCAGCUGUAGCUGAACAAAGACAAAUGGAAUAUGAUGGGAAAACUGAUCAGUCAGAGCUCUUUCAGUCUAAUCACCAAUCGCAUGGUGCACCCUAUGAAGGUGCUAAUUACUCAGAUGCACACAUUCAGAUGCCUGUACCGAACCCAUCCCAUAUUGUAAGUAUGGAGAAUACAAUUAUGUUGGCUGCCUGCGGUAAAGACGAAGAUCUGCCACAGAAUCCUAAUCUGCCAGCAGAUUUGUUCACUGCUUGUCUCACUACUCCGAUUAGAAUGGCUUUACGUUGGCACUGGUUAAGGCACCAAGAAUAUUUCCCAGGUUUUUUAGAUGAAGCCUUGCUGGAUCGUAUACCAGGUUCUCACUCAAAUCGAAUGUCUUUAUUAGGCGAAAUUAAUUGGAUAUUCACGGCUGUUACGGAUACCAUCGCUUGGUGUAGUUUUCCACUGGAUAUAUUUCAAAAAUUAUUUCGCCAAGAUUUGCUUAUUGCUAGUUUAUUCAGAAACUUUCUAUUAGCUGAACGUAUAAUGAAAUGUUAUGGUUGUCAACCGGUUUCAGCGCCUUUAUUACUGCCUACCUAUCAGCAUAGUAUGUGGGAUGCAUGGGACCAUACAUUGGAUCGUGUCAUUCAUUAUUUGCCUAGAAUGUUGAAAAUUAUCGAAGGUAGUCCGUAUGUUGAAAAGAAAUUACCUAUUAUCCGUCCUAAUCCAAAUCCGUCUAAUGGUCAGAUGAAUCAUCACCAUCAUCAAUUAGAUAAUCCUGUUCAUCAAAAUAACUCAAAUAAAGUCAUGAAUGCUGCUAGUAGUCACAACUAUAAUAUUAACAAUCGAAUUCCUUCUCCCAUUGGAAAUGUCCCUUUGGAUGCUUGUAUAAAUCGUGUAGGGCAAUUUUGUAUACAACAACAUCAACCACGGUACCCAAAGCAGCAGCAGCAACAGCAACUACAACAACCAUCUCAAGGAAUGCUUGGUGGAGUUGCUGGUGAACGAGGUGGUGUACAGUUCCUCCGACAAAUGACGACUCUCGCUCCUCUUUGUCUACCGCCAACUAAACCACAUCAUUCAACUAAUAUGCCGCCUUCGAAUCAAAUUUCAAAUGACGCAGCUAGUCCGACCACCUCAGCGACUACUAAUGUCGGUGUGACGACAACAGUGACAACUGUUGAUCCUUCAAAAAUAUCUUCAGUUGCACCGCCUGUUGGUCAUCCAAACAACCAAUCGGAUCGACAAUUGAAUGAUUCUCGUGUAGAGAAUCACUUAGCUGGUACUAAUUUGCUUCGUGGUAGUAAUGAUCAAUUGAUAGUUAAUCAACAUCAACUCAUUGGUGGUUUACCUUUAGACUACCAACGAGGUCAAAACCAGAGAACGUCUGGUCAAGUCUCAGCGUUAGCAUCCAAAUCAAGGACAUGUAAACCAGUCCAAAGCUCAGUGGCUCCCCCUCCAGGAUUUAAUCAUCAGAACCAGCCAAAACAGAAACAGUCGUCUUUAUCGUGUAAACUGGAGAUGGAAACAAUAAAUUUAACCUCAAAGAAAUCUAUUUUAGCUUUAAUUGGAUCAGAUCAGCGUUAUCGCGCACCUGCUAACAACAUCCAUAAUAAUGAUAGUAAAACUGAGUCGACUAACAUGAUGAUUGAAUCACAUAGUUUAGAACAAAAACACGUUUUGCCAACACGUGAAUUAUCUAAGAGCAAGAAAAGUGAUCCUAUUACAGCAAGUGAUGUUUGCCCAACAACAAAUAUAACUGAGGAUAGCCAACGGCAGCACGAACCAUUCACGGACAACUCGAAGGAAAAACAGGUGGAUCAAAUAUCUGAGCAGAUUGUAGAUAAACAGUCUACUACUGAAGAUAUUUUAACCAAUCCUCAAGUGAAUCACGUGAAGAAUUUCACUUCUAAAUGCAGUGAAAAUGUGAACACAGACGUUGGUAAAGGAUGUGAUGGUGAUAACAAUAAUGACGAUGAGGAUACUGGGGAUAGCGAUGAUGAUGAUGAUGAUGUCGACGAUGAUGACGUGGAUGUUGACGAGGAUGAUGAUGACGAAGAUGAUGAUGAUGAUGAUGACGAUGAUGAUGAUGAUGAAGACGAGGAUGAUGAAGUGAAAUCCAAUCCGGUUACUUCAAAUGCGCCAAACACAACUGCUUCUGCUGCAUUUACAGUAACAACGUGUACAUCUACAAAUACGGAAUCGAUCAUCACAACAACACUAACCACAACAACUGCUGCUGCUAAUACAAAUACUACUACAAUGACACACUUUGGAAAACCAUUUGCUCGUGUCAUAAAUCUGAAUGAUAACAAGAAUGAGUCGAAAAAGACAAAUAAUAAUAAUAAAGACAUUGUGGAUGUUGUUAAUAAUUUUCUUAUGGUUACUACUAACUGCGCUAACAAUGUGGGUAAUCAAACGAAAGAGCAGCUUUCACGUAGUCUUUCUUGUCCAUAUUUAUUUUCUCGUUCAAUGAGAGGACAUUACCAUUAUCAUCAUUAUCAGAAUACACGGCAACAGAAACAAUUAGAGAAAAUCAAUUUAGACCAUGUAUCUCAUAGACGUCAAACAUCUGUUCAACAACCCCUUCUACGACCGUCUCAGUCUCCUAUAACGAAGGUAAAUAAUGAUACUAAUAGUAAUGCAAUAAACUUGACGUCAUUGAAAAAAAUAGUAGAUGAAACUAAUAAUUUAUGUGAGGAUACAAAGAAUUCUCAAAAUAAGUUGAAUCAUCCUCAAUUGCAACAACAACAAAGUCAGCAAGUGAAUAUGCAAAACAGUGAUUUACACACUACACUGAAACACGAUAAUUCGGAUAAUAAUAUAAUUCCAAUGAAUAAGGAGGAGGAACCCCCAGUAUUAACACAGAAACAGGUUACUCAGCAUAAUAAAUCUAUGGAUGUGCGGACUAGGUCACCUGUGAGACCUCAUAAACAAACUUUACCUCAUUAUCCGCAUGGUUAUGAAAAGUUAUAUUUACUGCCCAGUGGCAGUGACGCUAGUAAUCCUCCUGGACAUUAUCUUCAUCGUGUUGGUACGAAGCCAGGGGUGAACCGUUUGCUACCACCACAGCCAACAAUAACAGGGGCACCUUUUCAAACCAAUUCAACAACUCAAUAUUUAGACCAAAGAAUAUGUAUACGAUUACCGAAUGAUGCCAGUAGCCGACCAUUAUUAACUAAUAAUCAUGUUCAUCGUGAAAAUGUCCCCAAUGUGAGUAGAUUUCCAUCUAACUAUACUUCAAAUAUGAUACCUUCAAGUCAGCAAGUUAUCUCUAAUCCAUUGUUACAGACUACUGAGCAAUCGAAUCAGCUAGCUUCAACUACUGUUAGCUCCGGCUCUGUGAUAGGUGGCAGUGGACCAGAUUCAUUUUUCACCAGUCAAAUGACUGCGUUUAAAAUAUGGUUACAGACAGCUGAUGAAAGACGUCCACCAGCUACUCAACUUCCAAUUUUGUUACAGAUUUUAUUAAGUCAAAGUCAUCGAAUUCGUGCAAUGCAAUUGUUAAGUGAGUUCCUUGACUUAGGACCGUGGGCUGUGGCUCAUUGCUUAACUGUCGGCAUAUUUCCCUACAUAGUUCGAUUAUUUCAUUCACCAGUGCCUGAAGUGAAGCCACACUUAGUGUUCAUCUGGGGUAAAAUCAUCGCUAGCGCACAGACGGAAUUCGGUCGCAAUGAUUCUGUCCGUGAUUUCGGCUAUAAAUAUUUUAUCACUUGUCUAAGUGAUACAGAGAAUCUUUCUCCUCUUACUCGAACGAUAACAGCUUUUGCAUUGGCUAAAAUGUUAGAAAAAGACCAAUCUGGAGAGCCUGAUGCGUUUUUUCAAGAUGUGUACUUGAAACAGAAUUUUUUACCAAUCGUACUUACUCAGUUGUUUGAUAAUACACCUAAGCAUCACCAAGAAAUGCAUAUACGCAUGCGAUUAUGGCUGAUUCUUGCAUUGGCUAAGUUAUGGUGUAAAAAUGAUGAAGCUCGUUGGUUUGGUAUUCGACAUAAUGUACCUGAAGUUCUACUUGCCUACUUAAAUGAUGUUUCCCCUGAGGUUCGAGCUGCUACAGUAUAUGCUCUUGGCACUCUUAUAGAGAAUCAGACAACAGACCCAUCAAAACAAGACCACGCUGAUCAGAUAAGUCAUGAAAUCGGUGGUCAGUUAGUGAAAAUUACCUCUCGUGAUGCAAGUCCGCUAGUUCGUUGUUUGUUAGUUGAAGCAUUUCGUGGGUUAGUGAAACAGUUUGAAGCACAAUUGUGUGCUAUUGGCAUUCAAUACAUACAAGAAAUUAAAGUGAGACAAUCGCAACUACAACAAAAUUGUGCAAAACUGUCAACUUUUCCAGCAUCUCCAUGUCCUAUCAAAAGACCUAUGCGUCAUAGUACGAUCAAUUUAAUCACACCUCCUGGAGGAGGAACAGUUAGCGUUGGAAUUAAUAACAGUCUACAAUUAUCUCAUCAAAUGGAGUCAACUGUAUUUUCACAAGCCAGUCAAUCCUUCAAGAGGUCUACAAGUCGAGAAAAUAAUCCAUUAGCUGUUAAAUCUCAAAGUUAUUAUAGAGGUCAUUUAAAUUUGCAACGUCCAUCGUCACCAAUUCUACAUAAAUUGUCUACCAGUCCUGGUUCAGUGUUUUUCACUGGUAGUGGAAAUACACCUAGUACAAAUAUUUAUGUUCAAUUUUGGUUGACAUUAGUUCAGUUGGCACAAGAUCCUUAUCCGGAAAUCUCUCGACUAGCUACAAUUUUAAUUCAGCAUUUAUAUGCUAAGAUACGUGAAAAGACUGAAUAUCAGGCUAACCAUAUUUCACCUAAUAUCAAAAAUGUGGUUGGCAAUAAUUCAUCGUCUACACCGGACAUUUCAUCACAGGUGCUUGGAUCUGAUUCACAUGUAGCGGCGGCCAUUAAUGUAUCCUCCUGUGCUCCAAUAAAUCCCCAUGUCCAAUCAAAAUCCAGUGGAGUGAAUCACGUACCUGUUAUGAAUGGCACAGCUGACCGGGUCGGUGCUAAAGAAUUAUCUUCAAAUUCUACAACAUAUUUGACAUCGUCGCUAAAGACAUCUACUGCAACUACAACAGGGGCGACACUUAUUCAUUCUGCUCAGUUUCCAGGUAGAAGACAUCAACAAACUGAUCAGCGUUUACGUGUGUCGGUUACAAAUCUGCCGAAUACAAUAUUGAAUAAAAAUCCUAUAAUGCCAUCGUCCCUUAAUUGUGACAAUAAUGAUAAUACAAGCGAUGAUAAUUCUAACACUUCCCCUUCUUCGAAUUUAUCAGACGUGCGUACACAGUUCUUUUCAUGGUCGUGUCGUUGGUUCACUCGCCCCCUGUUGUCCACUUAUGGUCAAUUGAGUGCUCAUCACGGAAGUGGUCAUGACAACUAUAUUAUUAAUAAAUUCAAAAAUAAUGAAAGUUUAACUAAUCAUUCAAUUUUGGACAAUGAAUUAGUCUCCUUGGGUACAGUCUCGGUUGAUCCAGAUGCUGUUGCUUAUACAGACCGUGUAAAUCGUCUACGAAGACAACGUAAACUUUCUCGUCUAGGACGUAUAAAAUGGGAACGUUUCGCCGGUGAAGUAUGCUGUCCUACUACACCAAUGGCAAAUAUGACUCGAAGUGUUUCAACUGAUCAUAAUACCAAUAACACUAGUAGCAGCCGUAUAAGUCUGCGUAGUAAUGAUAGCGGAGGUAGUAGUAGUACAAGCAAUUCAUCCACCAUUGUUACACUUCAUCCUAGUGCACUUUACAAUUGUACUGCUGCCACUACUACUUCUCCUAGUAAUAUUAGUAGUGGUUAUAGUAAUAUUGAAUUCGACGGUAUAUCAACAAAAAUAAAGUUUCAUCCAUAUCAACCAUAUUUGGUUGUUGUUAAUCCAAAAAAAGGUGUUGCAAUACAUUCAUCAAAGAACUUGGAUCGCUUACAUUGUAUCAAUCUAUCAGAUUCAUCGAAUCCUCUAUUUCCUGAAAUAUCGUCGCCGUUGUCAUCUGUAGACGGGUAUUCACGGGCAGGUUAUGUUACCGAUGUGGACUUUAUCAAUGCAGCUGAAGAGCAAAGUUUACUAUUAACAGCUACAAAUGAUGGUUAUAUUCGUGUAUGGCGUAAUUAUACACAUCAUCUUGGUCAAGAUCCAGAGAUACUCACUGCCUGGGCUGGUAUUACUGAUUUACAUCAAACUGACUAUCCAAUUGGUGUUGUUGUCCAUUGGAAUCAACAAGCGAAUCAAUUAUCUGUCUCAGGUGAUACUCGAACAAUACGUAUAUGGGAUUGUUAUUGUGAAUCAAGAUUAAGAGAUUUGAAUACUGGUGCAGACACCUCGGUAACAUGUCUUACUCAAAGUGGAGAUAAUCAUUUAAUCGCAGCUGGAUUCAAUGAUGGAGGAGUACGGGUUUGGGAUUUACGUGUACCAUCGAGUCAUAAUAAUGAUAAUCUUAUAUUCAAUAGUCAGGCUGAUUCAGAUCGGAUACAUAAAGUAAUGUUUUCACCGUUGAAUCGACUGUAUGCUAUAGGCGCUAUGGGUGGUGUUGGAGUGUGGCAGUUAUCCUCAUCAGCUGGUAGCAAUAACAUCACUAUGACAACUUCUACUACAACGAGUACUCCUACUGCUACUUGUGUGAGGAGUAACUAUGGUCGCACUAGGUGUAUAUCAACAGCGGUUACAUCACCACCACACUUUACCAAUGCUAUGGGUAUUCGUAGCGAUUCUUAUAAUAGUGGUAAUAGCAAUGCUACGACAUCUCGACGAUUUCGACGACUACCAUGUCCUCCACGAUUAUCUUUGCCAGCUAAUUCAUUUGUCAGUUGCGCUGAUUUACUGGUUGAUUUGUCCUCUCCACAUGCGCAUCUUGCAGUAGCUGGUUAUCGUGGUCAGUCAAGUAUUUCUCUGCAUCGUAUUCAAGAUGGAAGUUUACAUUCAUCUAUUAAACACUAUGGUCAUCUUAGUCGAGAGCAAUUCGGAACACCUACAUGUUGUACUUUCCAUCCGAAUGAGGUUUGUUUUAAUGCUUACAACCGUUUUUUUUUCUUACAGCAGAGUAGUUUGGGUGCAAUUGAUUGAUUUCAGUAUACGUUUGUUCAUCAGUUAGUACCAAGUAUCACAGUUGUUUUGUUCCAUCUUUUGACUGCUCAAUAGUGAGAAUCCAGUCUGUCAUAAUGAAACAACUUUUCAGUGUUUCUCGGUUCCCAGUGUAUCUCUAACCGGUAUUGAUUCAUACUGAAGAAGGAACCACUGUGGUAUUCUACAGAAAAAAAGUUAUUUUCAUUGAAACAACAAUUUUAUUGUAUUUUUAUUAUUUUGCAUUGAUUUUUGUAGCUUCUAAUAGCCGCCGGUUUGGACGAUGGAUCCCUGCUACUGCUGAAUGUUCAGCAUGGACCAAGCAACAAGUAGAUGAUGGUGACUGUGAAUUAAUGACUGACAGUCAACGAUUAAUUUCUACAUCCUAAUUAUUUUCUAUUCUAAACCAUAUAUAUAUAUAUAUAUAUAACCUUGUUUUGUCUGUACAUAAAUCAGCAUAAUCAGGGGCUUUCCAUUCUAAUCUCCAUUGUGGUUUCGUUUUCAUCAUGAAAUGCAACGCAAAUUCUUCCUUCUCUGUCUGUCUUAAGGAGAAGAUCAUUAUAAUUGCGUCUAUAUGUUAGUAUAUAUUGAUAUCUGUUCGUAUUUUUCAAAUAUUUUCUAUGCUUCUUUUGAAAGCAAAAUCCAUCUUGAUAAAUAUGUUCAUCUUUCACAUUUGACAUGUACUGUUGUUUACUUCUUGUGUGUGUGUAUGUCUGUUUGUGCGUAUCUCAGCCUGUGUUUUGCUUAAUGCUCUUCACUGUCCAACCUAACGUACAAAUUAGUACUAGUCUUUCCGUAUCACCUUUUUUUCUUUUCUAUACACUACUCUCCAUUGAACAGCGAAACACGGAGACACACAUAUACAAGUGCAUUGAGGUACUUUGGAUCAAGUAUGUACAUCUUGAAUCUCUUCCUAAAUAAAGAUUGCAAUUUUUCAAAGAAAAUGAAGAGAUCAUGCCCAGUAUUCAUGAUACUGAUUACAACGGUAUAUUUUAUAUACUCUAAUGUACUUUUUCUCAUUCCUAUUUGCUUAAUCUUGUCCAUUUUCCUUUUAUUGCUUGACUUUCUACCUUGUUUCUUUCAGUUAUCUUUCUUCUGCCUAUCUAGCUAUCUUUGUAUAUCCCUUUUUCAUUUCAUAUUCCCUACCUUUUUAUAUACCAGUGAUUCAUUUGUAUCUUUGCAUAUGUCAACAGAGUAAAACAAGUAAUAGUUCUUCAAUUUCAGAUUUUACUUCAUUAUAUAUCAAGACAUCGUUUAGAGGCUGCUGGAUGAUAACUGUUCAAUCCUAUGUUAGGUGGGAAGUCCUGAUGUAAAUCAAUUGUAUGCGUGUACCUGAAAAAUGUCUCUUCAGAAUUGGCAUUAUAGGCCCUCCCAUCGAUGGGCGACAACGUAAUUCACUACAAAUUCAUGUCAUUAAUAAAAAAGAGGAUUUAUAGCCAAGGUUGAUGAUUUCGAUUUAGUUUUGUUCUCUGAGCUGCAUUCAUUAUACCGCCAAUGUUAAUGGUGUGGUUUUAGGACGUCUCCUGGAGGAAUACGAAAAAAAAUUUACAGCAGAGGUAGGGUUAUUGUAGAACGUUAAUAAAGAACAUUAUGAGGUAUAAAGUGGAUCAGCUGCUGUCAAAAAUGUACAAUUAUCAUGAUGAUAAUAAUUAUAGGUGAUGAAAACGCACACCUUUGCAUUAAUCAGAUACAGCUGUGAAGAUAAUAUUAAACCAGGGGAAGGACUAUACUCCCUGACUCAUGAUGUUCACAAAUAGGAGAUUUCAUUCUCUUCUGUUUACCUUUUGUCAACCAAAUCAGAUAAUGUGUUUAGCCAAGUACUUUUGAACAACUCACAGCGUACAUACCUUCCCUUUAUGGAUAUAUUUUCUCAUGAAUUUUUUACCGCAAUAGACUGCCACUAAGAACGACUGUUAUAGUACUGAAGGUUAUUUUCCUAAAUAUCACUCCAUGAAGCACAAGUUUGUAGAUAUUCUUCAGACUAGUAAUGCAGUCCUUACUAUUACAUCAUACUCGUUUUAGAAAAUGAAAUGGUUGUCAAUGGCGCAGAUGUAUUCAGUUUCUGUAAUCUUUCAUAUUCCUUUCUACCAUUACUCAUUCUGUUUCACUCUUAUACCUGUCAAAACUCUAUUGAUUCUCUUCAUUCAUUUUCUUGUGUACCUUUGUGUGCUCUUUGGAACUUGGCAACUCGAACUGCUGCACUUCGGUGCCAAGUUCUAUGUUGAAUCCAGCCAGCCAACAAAACAAAAGUAUCCAGGUGACCUACUAACAGGUACUUCAGUAUUGAGCGAAACGUCAUCAGUUGACAUUAUUCACCUUUGAAAUUGCAUUCAAGGAAUGUAGAAAGGAGACUUGGAUUGGUAAUAAUCUGAAGAAGUGUAAGAAAACAAUACUUAUCUUCAGCGUCUUAUCC